CGCUCCAGUUCAAAGUCAUCCUGGGAAUUGAUGAAGGAGCUGAUGAUUGAUGUAGACAAGAGGGAUUUGCUUGCUGAUAGAGCAGAAAGCCUCCUGCUUUGCCUGAAGCAGCGAUUCCCUGGUCUUCCACAGACAACUUUAGAUAUGAGCAAAAUCCAAUACAACAAGGAUGUUGGGAAAUCCAUUUUGGAGAGCUACUCAAGAGUUCUAGAGAGCUUGGCAUUCAAUAUUGUGGCACGAAUUGAUGACCUGCUCUACGUGGAUGAUUUGACAAAACAUUCGGAUCAUUUCUCUUCAAUCUCUAAAGUCAGUGUGAUUGCUCACAAAAGUGUAACAAUCCCAUACUCAGUCCCAGCCUCAAACAGUCCAUAUAAAACAGCUUUCACCACACCAAGCUUUUCACCUGGGCAACGAAUAAGCCCUGUAAAGGGAGAUCGAUCGCCCUUCAUGACCAGUGGAAAAAUUCCUCAGCAUGGUUUAGGCGUGAAAAAGGUCUUGACAGAUUAUCUCAGUAUUGAUACAAAAGGCAGGGAUGGUGGCAUUACAAUCGAGGGAACAGACAAUGUGAUUCGAAACACCCCAGCUUCUCAAAGUGGAAUUGAAUCUUUCGGGUCUAUAUUAGAAACAAUCAGCACACCCGAGAACAGAUUUUCUGAUAUCUGUUAAAAUCAGCUGCUGCUAGCUCUUUUGUGCAUGUCUUCUUCUUCUUCUUCUUUUUUUCCCAUAGAUGGUGUUAUUUAAAUCUCAGUAGCAACGAGAUCUCUAUAUUGAUAAUGAGUUGAAUGCUUCAUUCAUGCUGCUCAAGCCUUGUGAUGAACUUCUUGUUUGUUGUUGAA